GGUUCGAAAUUCGAAGACAAUUACGACACACAAGACCUAAAAUUGUAUAAAAUAUCAUGACAUCUAGGAUGAAAAGGGCAAACGGAAACCUUUUUCCUUGGAGGCCUGUUCGUAUUUACUUGGAGUUCAAAAGAUCAUCUCACUAUCUCCUUCAACAUUCAUUGAUAUUCAACGAAUGAAUGGUAAAUAAACUUAGUGCAAAAUUAGUGCACUACCUGCGAAACAUCAAAAGCAAGAGCAGUAAUUAUCGAAUGCAUGUAUAUAUAAAAUAAUUGGGCAUCCGAACGGCGUAUCAAGCAACUACAAGAGCAUAAUAACAGCUUAAAUCAACGCGGAAAAGAAUGGCAGAGGCAAAUCGAUCCAUAGAAGAAAUUGUUGAGAGCGCGCGCAGUGCGUCGUCCUCCCACCGCCCGGUCGGCCCGUUUGGCCCCAUCCCCAAGAACAGCGGUAUGGAGCAGGACGGCACGUUCGCGCGCACGCCGAUCGUGGCCGGCGAGAUGCCGCGGCGGCGCAGCAACACCAGUACGGCGUCAGCCGCCUACCACACCGUGCAGGGCUCGGGCACGGACGGCUCGGAGUCGGCCGGCUACCGCACCACCAGCGAGCACGCCGCCGAGACGGGCGCGCUGGCCGCCACCGACAGCCUGCUGCCUUCGCAGCUGGCCAAAAACUACAAGGCCACCAGCUACUGGUCCAGGAGCGGCGAGUCGAGCUCGGCGCGCGGCAGCGUCUCUGCCGAGCAGGGCCGGCGAGGCUCGGGGGUGUUCGUCACCUCCGGCUCGUCCAGCCGCUCGGAGCCGGCCGCCAGCCGGACGCGCGCAGCCGCCCGCCGCCAGCAGGAGACCGCCGAGGCGAUGACGUAUGAGGAGCGUCACUCGGUGCGCGGCGGCGGCCGGCGCUCCAGCGACCACGAGCGCUAUCGGAACGUCUCCUCGUCGGCGGAGAGCUCGGCCGGAGCGCGGCCGGCCCGGUUCCCAUUCCAGCGCGCCGAGAACGGCGGCAUGCGCGUCUCCGAGGGCAUGGUGGCCUACCAGGACCGCAACCUGGCCAUCCUGGUGGCUGACCCGGUGCACACCAGACUCCGCGUCCAGGCCAAGGAGAAACACGCCAAGUCAACCGGCUCCGUCACAGACCGGAUGAGCGCCGACAUCCACGCCUCCUACGAGAACCUCAGCACCAUCCAGCAGCGGGCGGCCCGCGACGCGUCCGCCGAGCGCCGCUCCAGCGGGGGCUCCCAGCGCGCCGGUGCUGAGCGGCGCGACCAGUUCUACGAGACCAGCGAGUACGGUAGCCAGCGGCGCCAGGAGACACGCUGGGAGGCCGAGUCCAGCGGACACGAGCGCAGCUCGCGUGCUGGUGGCGGCUCCGGUCGGGCCAUGUCGGAACGCUCGGCUGGGGGUGCCAGCCGGCCCGGCUCGCGAGCCUCCGUCUCCAGACGCGACAGUGGCUUCUCGUUCGAGUUCCGUGACCAGCUCGGUGUCUCUGGCUCGGCCAGCUCGGUAGCGGAGCAGUCCUCGUCGCGACGACGCUCCCUGUCGCCGCGACCAGCCGCCUCCGCGCGCUUCUCUCAGGCCGAUGACGCCCCUGGUACGCUACAGCGAGUCAUGCAGCCUGCCGAAGACACAGUUGCUGUCGACGACGGACAGGAGACGGACGGCUUCACGACACGCUUCGUUCGACAAGAGACAGCCGGGUCACGUAAGGCCGCAUCGGCCACGACGCUGUACAUGGCGCCCACGGCGGCUGGGGCGGCCGGCCGCGGCGGCCCUGCGGCGACCUCAGGAGCCGGCGGAUUCAGUCGGGCGGACGGUGCUGUGGACGAGGCCGGGUACCCGCGGCGGGCCAGUGGCGACUGGCGGCGCCGCAGCAGUGCCGCCGCGCUGGUGAUCGAGGACGAGGUGUGUGACCUCGAGGAGCGGGAGGAGGUGGUGUCGGUGGGUCAGAAGGAGCGCAUCUCCUACCACCGGACCGACGCCGAGAGCAGCCUCGAGAAGAGCGCCAGACGCACGCAGCAGCAGCAACAGUAUUCGCACGAUAACGAGCGGCCAAUUCCUGGAGGAUACCAGCGAUACAGUGGCGCCUCUGGCGGCGCACGAGAGAAGCGAGAGCUCGGCUGUCUGUCAGAAGAGGCGGUCCGGUCGAGCAGGUACGACCAGUGCUGUGCCUGUCGACACUUUCGGGCCCGGUUCGAGCGGCGCUGCUAAAUUAAUUGCUUAAUUGUUGCAAAUAAUUUUUGAAUACACUGUCGAACAGAA